CCGAACCGAAAGGAGAAAAGUUUUGUUUCGGGAUUCCCGUAAUUCGAUUACUAAAGAACGAUACUUGAUUCGAUUUCGUUCGGAUUGGAAUGCUCCCUCCGCCAGAGAGGGGUCGUCGACGUGACAGACGAUAAGUGAUCGUCGAGUGGUGUGUUUUUGUUCUUUCGGGAGUGCGGGACCGGAGUGCAAACGAUAUUCGCCGACUUGAGUAUUCGAUUUCAGAGGCCGGUGACUUUCUGACGAGCAGAUUGCUCUGUUUGGAGAUUUGCAGUUCUAUGGGAGUGAAAGUAAUAAUUGAAUAAUCUUCCAGGUCUUUCGAGAUGAUCUUGAGGCUGCUCCUUCUGUGGUGCCUCAGAACAGUAUCUGCCCAGGAAUACCCCAGCGAUCGCAGUCAGAGGAUCAAGCACGAACCGACGUACUUCAUUGCAGCCUCCCGUAAUGUGCGUCCCGGUCAAACAUAUGCGGUGACCGUGACAGUGUUCCGGAGUGCCCUCCACGUCCGCGCUUCCAUCCAGAGGGAAGGGGUGGAGUUAGCCGCCGCCUGGCACGACUGUAAACCAAAUGCUCCGGAAACCCUACUUAUCAAGGUACCCCCAACCAUCCUGCCGGGGACAUACCACUUGCGGGUGGAAGGAGGUGUGCAAGGGGUGCUCGGAGGCACUGCAUUCCACAAUGAGACGGAGCUGCAGUACUCCCGAAGGUCCCUUACCAUCUUCAUCGAGACAGAUCAGCCUAUAUAUAGGCAGGGACAGACGAUUCGCUUCCGUGCCAUCCCAGUGACCACUGACCUGCGAGCCUUCCCCGAGGCUGUGGAUGUAUUUAUUUUGGAUCCGAUGGGUAUCGUUGUGCAAAAGUGGUUAUCCAGACAGACAAAUCUAGGGGCAGUGAGUCUUGAAUAUCACCUCUCGCAGCAGCCUAGGUACGGAAAUUGGACAAUACGCGUUGUGGCGCAGGGACAAGUUGAAGAAAAGAUGAUAUAUAUCGAAGAGUACUACCAGACUGCAUUUGAAGUGAAUGUAACUCUCCCCGCCUUCAUUUUGGAAAGCGAACGUCAUAUUCAGUGUUCAGUUACUGCCAACUACAGCAGUGGGGCACCUGUUCCAGGGAACCUGCUGUUACGCGCGCGGCUGGAGCCCCUGCAUUCUCACUAUAAGCCGUACGGACAAAUCCCAGAAACCAAGCUGUAUUUCAACAAAUUCGAUGGCUACUUAAAUAUUCAGCUUCCCAUGACGGAGCUGCGGCGCAUGCGCUCUGCCUCGGACUCACCAUCCAGGUUGAGUGUGUGGGCGGAGGUGGGAGAAAGAUUCCUGGACCAAGUCGAGAUUGGGUUCGCCCAAGCCCUUCUCUACAAGGCCGAUCUGAAACUAGCUUUCCUCGGUGCCAAUCCACAGGUGUUCAAGCCCUCCAUGCCGUUCAAGUGUUACGUGUCCGUCUCCUUCCCUGAUGGCUCUCCUCUCCCCAGUUGGCGCUUGAAUGACCAGAAACUGGAGCUGCGCACAAAAGUGAGGCUGUCUGGCGGCAGAGAACAGGAACUGGAGACGCGCUUCGAGCAGAUGUCGCCCGUGCAGUUCGGAAUCUGGGAGAUUUCUGUCGAUCUGCUCUCCGAAUUCGGGACGCUCUCUGCUCUCAAUGACGUCCAAUCCCUGCUUCUGGAGGCCAGAUACGCUGAUGAAAGCGGUGAACGAGCACGUACAAGUCUUCUAGUGUAUGCUUCCUACACUCCCACUCAUCGCCAUCUCCAGGUCACCACCAGUACGCGAGAUGCCAAGGUGGGGGAAUACAUCAUUUUCCAUGUACGGGCAGACUACUACGUCCAACAGUUUUACUACAUGGUGGUAUCGAAAAGCAGCAUUCUACUGAGUGGUGCGGAAGAGAUGCCUUCGAGCCUGAAGACGUUCGCGGUGCCUUGUUCUUCGGAGAUGGCCCCAACGGCUUCACUUGUCGUCUGGGACAUGGCCAGGGAAGGCGAAGUGGUGGCAGAUGCCCUCACUUUUCCAGUCGAUGGGCUAUCCCGGAACAAUUUUUCUGUGAUUUUGGAUGAGAAAAAGGACAAGACUGGACAGACGAUCGAAGUGGUCGUAGAAGGUCACCCCGGCACUUACAUUGGAUUGUCAGCUGUGGAACACUUGCUGCAUAAAAUGGACAGCGGAGCUGAUCUCAGUCCUACUGAGGUGUUGGAAAAGAUGAACUCGUUCGACGAGCAAGGCAAUGGUACACUGUCUUUUUCCUGGAAGUCACGUGACGGUCUUCCUAAUCCAUUUGUCCACUACCCUUCACCCUCGUACGGCAUGGACGCACGACAGAUCUUCCAGUACGCUGGAUUAGUUAUUUUUACAGAUGCCGAAGUUCCUCAGCGUCCUGGCAGAUGUGAAGGUGAAUUGACCACCUGCAUGGACGGAACCUGCUACCGCCUGCAGAAGCGGUGUGACGGAUUCGCCGAUUGUCCGGACGCGACCGACGAGAGCGGAUGCCACGAGACGCACGAGCCGGACAUCGCCGACUUCCACCGAACUCGUCUCAGCAGAAUCGAGAGGAUGUACCAUGGUUCCUGGAUCUGGGAAGACAUUGUCAUAGGUCCUCUGGGUCGCACCACGUUCACCGUCCCUGCACCCUCGGUUCCUUCCACGUGGUUGGUCAGAGCCUUUGGGAUGAAUAGCGACAAAGGAUUUGGACUGCUGCCAGCUCCAUUUAGGUUCUCCUUCAUUCGUCCUUUCGUGAUGAAUGUUCAGAUGCCUUCCAAGUGCAAGAUCGGCGAGCAGAUCGGCAUUCGAAUAACUGUCUUCAAUUAUUUGCAAACUGAAAUAGAGGCAUUGGUGAUUUUGGGAAGUUCGCCGCACUAUCAGUUCGUGAACGUCGAGACUGUGACUAAGACGGAGUCAGAAACCGACACAAAUGAGCACCAUCACCUUAUAUUCGUAAAAUCAGGCAGGUCUGCUGUUGUAUAUAUGCCCAUUGUAGCCACUACUCUCGGAGUUGUCAAUGUCACGGUAAUGGCCAAGUCGCAGACCUUCAAGAACAUCGUCACUAAUCCCCUCGUGGUGCAGCCUGAAGGCAUUCCUCAAUCGAAGCACACCAGCGUCCUUUUAGACCUCGCCCAGGGAGCAUAUCUCAUGAAGUAUAUGGAUACCAAUCUCACAGAAUCUACUGUUGAAACUGGGAGGUAUGAGAGACACUAUGUCUUUGGAUCCAAUAAAGCGACGGUGUCUGUCACGGGUGACUUGAUAGGUGCUAUUUUCCCGAAGAUCCCCCUCAAUGCCGAAAGUAUGCUGAAAAAGCCCGAUUGGUGUGGAGAGCAGAACAUGUUCAACUUCGCCGCCAACCUCUACACUUUGCUCUACCUCAGACUCACAGGUCAGCAUGACCUCCAAGUAGAGAGAGAAACUUUUAAGCACCUCAGAGCAGGCUACCAACGACAGCUAAGUUACCAACUGAAUGAUGGCUCCUUCACAGUUUUCCGAUGGAAUGCCUCGCCCAGUGUCUGGUUGACUGCAUUCUGUGCUCGGGUAUUUCACCAAGCUAUCGUCCGAGAAUGGGAACCUUUCAUCACCAUCGAUCCUAAAGUCAUCCAGAGUGCUAUCCGGUGGCUGCUCCAGCAGCAGAGUGCCGAGGGGUCUUUCUGCGAGACCACUCCUUUUCCCUACGACAGGAAGAUGAACUUAACAUCGAGUCGUUUGAAGGAUCCCGUAAAGUACCGCAAUAUCUCCCUGACUGCGCAUGUGCUCAUCACUUUGGCAGAAGUCAGCGAUAUUGGCGGGGACCUUGGGUCGGCAGUGGAGCGUGCUCGACGCAGCGCUCAGCACUAUCUGGAAAAAAUAUUGUAUUCUUUGCGUGACGCGAAGGAUCCUUACGAGAUCGCCAUCGUCACCUACGCGUUGACCCUGGUGGGCAGCGACGACGGUGAGGCCGCUUUCAAUGCUCUGGAUGCAAAGAUGAGAGAAACAGCCGGUCUUCAUUAUUGGGGACGAGAGGCAGUGCCUCCGCCGUUAAUUCGCAUCGAUAGCAACCGCCCCCACCUGUUACCUCGUCUGACGCCCAAAUAUGAUGCCCUGAACGUCGAAACGACGGCCUAUGCCCUGCUCACGCACAUCAAGAGGCAGGCUGUCAUACAAAGGGAGAUCGUUCACUGGAUCAACAUCCAUAGAUCCACGGAUCACGGCUGGGCCUCUACACAGGAUACGAUCGUAGCUCUUCAGGCAUUGAUGGCAUACGCUGCACAGAACCGUCCUCAGAAUGGAUUGGAUGUAACCGUAACUGUAGAACUCCCUUCCGUUCCCGGAUACUCUCAACAUGUGCAGAUAGAUGAGAACAAUUUGUCUCAGUUACAGACGAUUCAAAUACCCCGUGCAUGUGGUACCGCAGUGGUAAAGGCCCAAGGUACUGGUGUCGCUUUGGUACAGCUGUCUGUCGAUUACAAUGUGGAUAGGCAGCAACUCCUGACGCCUCCUCCCCUGUCUGCUUUCAACUUAGAUGUAACGGUAUCAUACUCGGGAAGAAAUAAUUCACACAUCAAAUUACGAUCUUGUCAGAGCUGGACGUUACAGUCUGAGAGCCAGACGAGUGGCAUGGCGGUUCUGGUGGCAUCAAUACCCACAGGCUAUGGGAUCGAGCAGAGAGAACUGAAUGCCUGUGUGCAGUCGGGUGAAGUGCCACAUCUGAGGGAGGCACGCUUCAAAGAAGGGGAAGUGGACUUCUACUUCGAACACUUGGAAAUCUCCCCAGUAUGUGUGUCCUUCACAGUCAGACGAUGGUGUCCAGUUGCCAACAUGACCCGAUACCUCUCCUUCAAAGUGUAUGAUUAUUACGCACCAGAGCGUUACAACGAGACGAUACUCGACAUGUACAACCUAUUUGGAAUGAAUAUUUGCCAGGUGUGCGGAUCUUACCAGUGCCCCUACUGCCCGGUAUUCAACUCCUCUCCCAUUUUCUUCAUCUCCUUACCUCUCAUGUUCCUUCUCCUCAUGCUCAGCUGGAGUUUGGGACACAAUUCCUGAUGUUCCUGCCACAGUGCGAAUCCCUACAGACUGAUAGUUGCGAUAUUUUAUCAAAAAGCUGGUCCGUUUCUCUCGAUGUUCUUUGAGACAGCGAUACUUCUGCUGACAUGCGUGCUGCAUGACGACGAGUGCUGCGAAUCGACGCAUGAAAAAGCUGGAAGUGUACCAAGAAUGUGGAUAAGAAUGCUAUCUGCCCUGUGAGAAGAAAUGCCAUAUCUUUGAAAAAGUGACAACAGCAACUCAUUAAUACGAAGUCUGUCCAAUUAGUAGGCGUACUGAGGUCAUCAACAAAUUAAUCUUCAGAAGAAUCCCCAUUUUGGGUGAUACAUCUGUCCAAUAUUUCCAUUGUUGAAGAUAUCAGUGAACAUCGAUUUAGUUCCUCAGCUGCCUUGUCCUCUGAUAUUUAACUUCAACCAAUGAUCAUGAACAUUUUGCUUUUCAGGAAUGGCGAUAUAUCAUAUGAGAUGUAUCUCUGUAGAGCUUUGUGUAUAAUUGGGGACGAUUUUCUCAUGCCAUUUUUACAGUCUAAAAGCGGAAAGGAGUGUCACAAAAGUAUCUUCGGUAGUUUAUCUGGACGCUCUAUUGGCAUCCAGUAAGUAAAGCAAACAAAUUUCAAAUACAAAAUUCAUCUAACGUCCAUCCAAAGUGCCCAGUUUGCCUACUUAUUGGACAGAUUAUGUAUAUGUUCAACAUUACUGGACAUCGAAUCCAGUCUUUAAUAGAAUACUUCGAAAACUUAGUGGACUCCUAAUGAGUAUUGUACAUAAAAGACAACAAUAGACACAUCUAUUUCGUGAUAAAAUAUAUCAAAGUUUCUAUAUAUUGUUAUACAUUAGCGUAUCUGAAAAAGCGCGAUGUGUAGAGAACAGUGCUCAGAAGAAGGAACAUGUAAAAAAUGUAUUUAAAAAAUGCAGUAUUUCAUUAUUUUCUUCUGACGCCAAAUCUUCCAACUGUUAUUUUCCCAUUAUUGUGAAAUCAAGAUUUGUUACGAAAUUUACUAUUAUUGUACACCAAAAACUAAUAAGGUGGGGUUUUUUUCCUUUUCGUCCCUCUAUUUGUUUCCAAAGAGAGUACACGGGCGUCAAAAAUAUGGAGUUCCUUUUUCAGCAUCUAGAUAAAUGUUUAGACUUUAUCGAAUUCUCAGGAAACUACUUAUAAAUAAAUAAAAAUUUGAAAUACCUGCAAAUAAUCAAAAAAGAUUUCGGACUUUUAAAUUUCGAUUAAUUCAGAAAAUUAAAAAAUAAACCAAAGCAAUGCCUAUCGGAAUUUCAGCUUUUAAUCAUUAUUUUUUCCCACGCUCUUCGAUAGUUGAAUGAUCUGUAAAGGCGCUUCAGCUGAAAGUGGGAUUGUAUUCCGUGUGGUACAAUUUUCAAAUAUUUCUGGUAGGUGGUUGUGUUUGUCAGUAGAAAUCUAUCGUUUUGCGGUGAUGAUUCCUGGAUAAAACAGUAGAGGGCGUACUAAUAACACUGUGCCAUAGAUAUCUCUAUGCCCAGUUAUUGUUAAAAACAAAGUUCCAAUAAAACCAACCAUUAUAGUCAAAUGUGUAUGAAACUUUAUGUAAGUUCCGUAGUCAGUUGUAAUGCAUUCAUAUUUACAAUAAUGAUUAAAUGUGACAGAAAUGGUCGUGGCAAGUAAGUAAUUAAAAUUGUGGAUGUGCCCCAUUUAUAAACCUAUAUAAAAGAAUCCAUGCAACGAUGUGACUUGAUAUGUCGUUAACCUUUCUUUCAAUGCUGCUCACAGGUGUCUCCACAUGCAACUUAUCAUAUGCGACCAUCCCCCCCAACAGAAAUUUCUGCUAUGUAACCAUAGAAUAAAGUUCAUUUUUAUCGUUCAUAUGUAUCAUAAACCUCCAGAUAUAAACUUUUCUUAGUAAAAUUUUCAGAAACCUGGCAAUUUCGAUAAAAUUACUAUGCAAGCUAAACCAUAACUAGUUAUAAAGUUUAAAUCAUGGUGUUCAAGAAUUCAUGAUCCAUUACUAGUAAAAACAAUAUCAAUUUGGAAAAGAACAUUUUUAUAUUGUAAUAUUAAAAAAAAACUUAGUAUAAAAAAUAAAUCAUGUAUAUGAUACAUUUAAAAAUAUGUAUAUCCUAUAAUACAUGUGUAUGAUAUAUUUAAAAAAAAAUGCUGUGAUUUUUUGAAUCCCAUCUAGGGAUCAUAGUUUCUAAAGAAACUACUUCUUUUGGACUUUUCUUAGAUAAUAAUAGUCUUAAAAUCUAAUGGCAAAAAUAAUUUUGUAAUAUUGCAUAAAGACAGUAAAUGACAGCACUAGUUCUAGUUUGCUUUCCUUAUGGAAAAACAUAAGAAUCGACUUCGUGUUCACAAAAAACGUAAUAGUUUGAUUAGGCCAAGAAAACAGUUCAUCCAAUAGAACCCUGUAAGCAAAGACAGUUAUAGUUUCACGUCUCCAUUAUUCUAUUUUGUUACUGUCUGCACAUGACUGAUGAUUUUCACUACGCCACUUCAUACAGCAUUAAAGAAUCCCAGUAGAUUUCCGGAUUCUGAACGAGCAAAAAUCUUUCAUAUUCGAAAUAGAACAGCCGGAAGGAAAACUGUCACAAAUCAUUUGUAGCCACUUUGUGCACAAGGACUCUGUUGUAGACUGUUUGAAGAUAGUAGAAUAGAUUUAUGGACGGACUUAAAAUCGCAUCCUACUUGUGUGUAUAUAUUUUCAUUAGAGACUGAAACGAGCUUCAUGAAGAACAGAAGAUUCUAUGGACUGUCUUCGACAUCUUGCCAUGAGAAUGUAUCGAAGAAAUGUUGCGUUAUGACAACUUGUAUCGAAGUAUUUAAAUUUAAAACUAAAAUGUUUUCAAGGUAUAAAUAUUUUUUAGAGAUUUGUAUUUCUAAAAGAUAUUUAUUUUUCACACAUUAUUGUUUUAAUUCAAUUUUUACUUCAUUUUAUCAUGAUAUUCUUAUAACGUAAUUCAGAAUUGUGGUUAAUUGUAACAUUUUUUUUAAAAAAAAGAUGGCCCCUCAUCAUUUUUUCUGGGCCCUUCACUUAUUGCACUGAAUACAAUUGGCCUUUUCUUUUUGGCUAAUCUUUUAAUUUUCCUUGUAAAUUUAAUUUCAUUUUCCCUCCUGCCAUUUUCUCCGAGGAAGUUGUAACAAUUUGUAACAGAGGCAAUCAUUUUAAACAUUCAUACGUAUGUUUAAAAUACGUAUAUAUAUGUAUAUUACGUUAUAUAUGCAUACACAUAACAUGCGUAUGUUACGUGUAUGCAUAUAUAAAUAUGGAGUAUUCUUCCUGUAUAGUGUGUUUUAGUGUAAUUUCAUUUUGAUAUUUUGUUGUUUAUUUGUUUUGUUUAUCUUUAUUAAAAAAUUGUUGAAGUUGAAUUAAGUUAAACUUUAAUAUUCUACUACCAAAAUCGUCUUAUGCACUAGUAUGUUCUUCUUAAAAUACUUAUGUUCUUCUUAAAAUGAGUGAUAAUUUUCGUCCGUGCAAAGAAACGAUUUGGAAUCUAGCGAAGACUUUAUUCCCUUAUUUCAUGCUGUCAUGACGCAAUCAGUUUUUGAUGAACAUUCGAGAGUCUUGAAAAUUUUUAUAAUUAUUAAUUAUUCAUAGAUUCUAGAAUUUAAUUCAAUAAUACACUGUAUAAUGUCUUUGACAGAAUUUUCUGUUUUAUUAGUAAUUAGCAUCAGUUUACUGAACAUAAACCAUAUGCAGCAAGCUUGCUUUUCUUUUUAUACUAGUCAUAAACGAUUCUUUUCAAUUUUUCGAGAUUUCAAUUCAUCUUAGCAGUUUCUUUCAAUGUCAGUUAGAAAGGUGUAAGAGUUUGGAUGAGUCGUGAAUUCAGGUUCGCGAAUCUGACUCUAGAUAAGUGAUUGGCUUCAUAUGUUUAUGUAUCAUAUUAACCUUUCAUUGGACAUCUCUCCUAUUACUUUGUGUCACUUAUCUAUGGGGUUUUAGUUUUUAAAUAUUAUAACAAAAUACAUUUGCUUUUGUAUAUAUUAUUUGAUAUCCAUAAUGUUAGACAACAUUUCCGGAUUUCUUACAAAUCUUUUUUUAUUAAAAAUAUUGUAUUUUUAAAGGCAGAAAGAAAAACUAAGGAAAAAAAGUAAUAGCGGAAAUUUAAACAUUUUAGACGAAGAGAAUUUAUUCACCGUGUUAAAUCCAUUAUAUAUUAAAGAAUUACAGUAAAACGUAUCUUAAAUUAAAUUAAUAAUUUUAAAAAACUACUACUUUGGCCAUGACGAUGAGCGAUCGAAAUGUGGUGUACGACUUAUGACUAUGAGAGAUUGCAGACAAUACUUCUUUAAGCCUUCGCAUACAAUGGCAAGUCUGACUCAAGCAUCAAAUGAUUGAAUUUUUAAUUUUAAAUAUGUAAUAAAGUGAGAGUAUUAAGUAAUUUAAAAUGAAACAACCCAAUCAAAAACGCUUCAAUAUCAAUUCAAAUGUCCUUAUAUUAUUACAGAAAUUAAAAUAAUAAUAAAUGUCCCAAAUAGGAUAUAUCAUCUAAUUAAGAAGUUAUGUAAAUUCGUUGGUCAAGGGGUUAAUCUCCAUUUCCCGAUAGCUUAUGAAGAUGGAUGGAAGAGCACGAAAACGUUUAUCAACAGAUAGGAUAACGCAACUGGUAAUUCCAAGGAUAACUCAAAUUAUGCCGAAUUGAUCUGAUAAAUCGCCCACCCCUAGCUCCGCAGAAGCUACAUUUUCAUGAAUAAUUGUGCGCCAGAAUCAUGGAAAUGAUCUUUAUGGAAUUGUUUUCAUAUUCAUAGAAUUCCCUCGUCUACGAAAGAUUUAACAUCGUGAAGCAAGCACCAUUGGCAAGAUGAGCAAUCAGAUUAUUUCAUCAAUAAUGCAUAAUACUUCGAUUUAUCGUAUAAAUUUAUUAUAUUUACAAUCGUUUCGGAUGUUUCGUGGUUUUUAUAUUUAUUUCCAUUUUAUUACUUUUUUUAAUUUAAAUUCGCAAAGAUUCUAUACAGUGUAAUAUUGACCAAGAAGCAAUAUUCUUUUCAUAUUCAUUUUUAUUAAUUUUCCAAUUUACUGUAUGCCUUUCCAUUAUUUGUUUGAUUUCCAUCCUUUUAUUGUAUUAUUUAAGACUUAUUUCAUUUACUGGAAAACAUUUUUUGCUUAGUU